GCAUAACACAGCCAUAACGCAGGAAGAACCCAAAGAAGCCGGAGGGAAAACAGAGUAGAACAGAGGGCACAUUGGUUCCAUGGGGGAAGCCGAGGCUGAUUCGAGCCCAUCUACAUGGCUGCCUGGCCCCCUCAUUGUCGGCGCCGGCCCCUCCGGCCUCGCCGUCGCGGCCUGCCUUGCCGACGUCGGAAUCCCCUCCACCGUCCUCGAGAAGUCGAGUUGCGUUGCCUCGCUCUGGCAGCACCGCACCUACGACCGCCUGCGCCUCCACCUCCCGAAGCAGUUCUGCGAGCUCCCUCUGAUGGGCUUCCCCGACGGGUUCCCCAAGUACCCGUCGAAGCAUCAGUUCAUAUCCUACCUGGAAUCCUACGCCACCGCAUUCGGCAUCCGGCCGCGGUUCGGGACCGAGGUCCUGGACGCGGCGUUCGACCGGGGAAUCGGGGCUUGGAGAGUCCGGACUCGCGGCGGCGAGGAUUUCGUGAGCCGGUGGUUGGUGGUGGCGACGGGCGAGAACGCGGAGCCGGUGGUGCCGGAGUUCCCGGGGAUGGAGCGGUUCGGCGGGCGCGUCGUCCAUACGUGUGCCUACAGGUCUGGUGCUGACUUCAGGGGGGAGAAGGUGUUGGUGGUCGGCUGUGGGAAUUCCGGCAUGGAGGUAAGCUUGGACCUCUUCCGCAAUGACGCGAGGCCUCACAUGGUGGUCAGGAACACAGUGCAUGUGUUGCCGCGAGAGAUGUUAGGGUGGUCGACGUUCGUAGUAACCAUGGCGCUCCUCAGGUGGCUGCCGCUGAGGCUGGUGGAUCAGUUCCUGUGCGCCAUGGCGCAUCUCAUGUUCGGCGACACCGACCGGCUCGGCCUCCGGAGGCCCAAACUGGGGCCCAUGGAGCUCAAGAACCUCGCCGGCAAGACUCCGGUCCUCGACGUCGGCGCCCUCGCCCUAAUCCGAUCAGGAAACAUCAAGGUGAUGCGAGGGGUGAAGGAGAUAACCAGAGGAGGAGCAAAGUUCGUGGAUGGAAUGGAAGAGCAGUUCGACGCUAUUAUUCUGGCGACGGGUUACAGGAGCAACGUGUCUUCCUGGCUCAUGGACGACGGUGGUCUGUUCACGAAGGAAGGCAUGGCGAAAGACCCGUUCCCUGGAGGUUGGAAAGGGGAGAAGGGACUCUACUGCGUGGGCUUCACCAGGCGCGGCCUCCUCGGAGCCUCCCAUGACGCUCUCAACAUCGCCAGGGACAUCCUUCUCCAGCGGAACAACCCCUCCUCCCACCAUUUGGCCAAGCAAUGAUGGUGAGGCCGCCUGCUCCAUCUUCUUCCUGUGGUG